AUGGCGGCCCGGUCCUCCCGCUUUCCCCGAAGCCUCCUCUCCCGAGUCGCCGCCGGGAAAUCAGGGCUGCCCCGCGGCGCUGCCUUCGUCCGGCUGCGGCUCCGGGCUGCGGCUCCGGGGGAUCUCCUUCCCAGGAGCCGCGAGUCGGCGAAAGCUCCGCCGCCGACCCUCCGCGUUCCGGCGCAGGGCGGGGGACGGGCCAAGCUGGGCUCCGCCAGCCCGGGAGCCACUCGCGCCCCUCCCCCUCCGCCCGGCCGCGGACUCGGCCAACCGAGGCGCGAACGCGGGGACCAGAGCUGCUCGCGGGCGGAGAGCCGAGGCCGCUCGCCUUUGUCUGCAGGCGGGGCCCGCGCGGCUAGGGGCGCUGCCCUGGGGGCGGGACCCAACCAGGCAGUCCCGGCCCGAAACGGCAGCGGGCCGCCCGCGCCGGUCCCUGACCUCGGACCUGGGCCCCCCGAGUCCCGGAUUCCAGAGCGGGAUCUCGCCACAGCCGCGCCAGGCGCCGGGCCUCCAAGGAGCCCGCACCGCGGGAGUCCCGCAAAGCAAGGCCCGAGGCCUCGGGAGGCAGCCGCGUUCCGCGCCUCCAAAAGCAGGCCCGGGCCACCUCGCCUCCGU